AUGUUGCCGCAAUGCGAGGGCCCGGUUUGGGGCAUCGAUGAUUUGUCACCGUGUUUUCAACGCAAUGUACUACAGACCAUCCUGCCACUCGUGGCCUGCGGCCUGUCCCUGCUGUUGAUCUUCCUUCGUCUAGCCCAUCGCUACACAGUCGCCCGCAAAUGUGUCGCCUAUAAGGUUGUCCCGAAUGAUGGAUCGGAAGAUGAGACUCCCAAUGAUCCCCAAGAAAAUGAGUCCGAUGCAAUGCUGUUUCAGGCCAUGCAGAGAGAGCAAUCCCAGGUCGAGGUUGAUCGCCCGCGCGGCGAGGUUGCGAUAGUGUCGUUAGAAGUUGCAGCUUUGGUGGGGCAAGUCGCUCUACAUAUCUUUAUCGUGUCCAGUCAUAGCUGGGGACGUCAUGGCACCCUCCCCGCGGUGGCCGGUUUGAUUUCGUGGGGCUACAUUCUCUUCUUGGUGCUGGUCCGCUUUCUCCUGUCCACCAUGGACCUCUUCUCGGCCCCGAGACUGUGGACCCAUACGGCUAUCUUGUAUGGCCUCCAAUGGCUCUUCAACGUCAUGGUUUUCCGCUCCGCCGUCAUUCACCCGCUUUCGCGGCGCGCUCUGGUUUUCAGCAGCGCGCAGUUUGCGCUGAGUACGUUAUUGCUCAUCAUUGCCCUCACCACUCGCCGAGGUAACAAGCCGGUCUUUGUCGAGCGUGAAGAUGGAUUGGAACCCCCGAGGCACCCCAUGGCCAGCUUGCUGUCACUCGCGACAUUUGCCUGGUUGGACCCACUCGUCAUGAAAGGAUACCGACAGCCCUUGGAGCUAGAAGAUGUCUGGAAUUUGACUGCGUCUCAGAAGGCUGCCACCGUUAUUGCAGACUUCCGGAGAAGGCAAAUGAAGGGAUCCCUGGCGUGGAAGCUACUUCGAUACUUUGCGGGAACUAUUUUGUUGCAGGGAGCUUGGACGAUCUUUGCCAAUCUUUUUGUUUUCAUGCCCAGUCUACUCCUCAAAGCUAUUCUCGAGUAUGUCGAAGAUCCGCGGUCAACCACUCCCAGUGCGGCCUGGCUGUAUGCCAUUCUCCUUUUCUGUUGCGCCACGGUCCAAGGCGUGGCAGAUGGACAAUCCCUUUUCAUUGGCCGUAAAAUGGGCGUGAAGAUCCGUGCAAUCAUUAUCGGCGAGAUCUAUGCCAAGGCCCUUCGCCGCAAAGCAGGAGCCAGCCAUCGCCAAGGACCCGAAGAAAAAAAGAACAAGCUGCUCUCCCUUGGCCGCAAGAAGAAGAAGGCCGCCACUCAAAACGAUGCCGAGUCUGGACACAAACCCGAGUCCGACUUGGACGACGCGGCCAUGCAGGCGAAUGUUGGAACAAUCAUCAACCUGAUGGCCAUCGACUCUUUCAAAGUCAGCGAGGUCGGCGCAUAUCUUCACUUCCUGUGGGCCAGUGUACCUGUGCAGGUGAUCAUGGCCGUCACUCUUCUCUACCACAUCAUGGGCUUCAGCUCAUUUGCUGGUAUCGCCCUGAUGGUUCUGAUGCUGCCGGUCAACCUUUUUAUUGCUCGCCAGUUCAACAAGGUGCAAAACGCAAUCCUCAAGGGCACUGACGCCCGUAUUCACGCGACGAACGAAGUUCUCCAGAACAUUCGCAUCAUCAAGUAUUUCGCAUGGGAGCAGCGAUUUCAUAAUAUCGUGAGCGAAAAGCGCCAGGCCGAAUUGAAGUCGCUGCGAAACCGCUAUAUCCUCUGGUCCAGCGCCGCGACGGUCUGGUACGGCACCCCCAUCUUGAUCACGUUUUUGUCUUUCUUCUUGUACACUGUCGUUGAGAAGAAGCAAUUGACCCCGUCGAUCGCUUUCCCUGCGCUAUCUAUGUUUUCGUUGCUGCGUGUCCCCUUGGAUCAGCUGGCCGAUAUGGUCGCGCACGUUCAGGAAUCGAAGGUUUCUCUGGAUCGUGUGGACAAGUAUCUCAAUGAAGAAGAGACCGGGAAGUACGACCAGCUGCGCGACAGCAACGUCUCGGGUGGUCCUCCUCAGAUCGGACUUGAAAAAGCCACUCUGACUUGGGGCGCUUCAAAGCCUGCAUUCAAGGACACCCCCUCCGAUGACGACUCUGACGCUUUCCGCCUGAUCAACGUUGAUGUCGACUUUCCCAUUGGGCGCCUCAGUAUCAUUGCUGGGCCUACAGGCUCUGGCAAGACAUCCUUGCUCAUGGCCUUGCUGGGAGAAAUGAGGCUUCUUGAAGGUCGCGUCCACCUUCCCGGUGGAAUGACCAGCCGAGCAGACCUUCCAGUGGACCCUGAAACUGGUCUCAUCGACAGCAUCGCUUAUUGCGCGCAGGAGGCAUGGUUGGUCAACGACACCGUUAAGGAAAACAUCAUCUUCGCGUGUCCGUAUGAUGAGCGGCGCUACCGCGCGGUGUUGAAGGCCUGUGCCCUGGAGCGUGAUCUUGAAAUUCUCGAUGCCGGUGACCAGACCCUGGUCGGAGAAAAGGGUAUUAGUCUUUCUGGUGGCCAGAAACAAAGAAUUUCCCUUGCCCGAGCCAUCUACAGCAGUGCCCGGCAUCUCCUGCUCGAUGAUUGUCUUUCUGCCGUGGACUCGCACACGGCGAAGCAUAUUUUCCGACAAGCACUUACAGGACCGCUGAUGCUGAACCGUACUUGCAUCCUCGUGACCCACAAUGUUGCUCUGGCUGUGCCCCAGGCUGAUCAUGUGGUGGCUAUCGAAAAUGGAAAGAUUACUGCGCAAGGUCGCCCGGAUGACGUUGCAGCGACCGGUGCUCUCGGCGAGGAGUUCCUCAAGUCUCGGCCAGGAUCUCGAGCCAGUUCACGUGGCUUGUCUCGUGUGCCUUCGGAUCUGGAAGAUGAAACCACCGCCACGAAUGGGACCACGAACGGAGCUAUCGGCAAAUCGCAAAAAGAAGAUCAACCCAAGCUGUCCGAGUCCAAAGCAAUUGGCAGCAUCAAGUGGACAACAGUCCGAAUGUAUCUCCAAUCGAUGGGUCCAUGGUAUUAUUGGAUUUUGGCCGCCUUGGUGUUCUGCUUGCAGCAGCUGGGCUCGGUGUCAACCAACAUCUGGAUCCGACAGUGGGCCAACUCUUACCAUACCGCCAAGGUCGGGGCGGAAGAUGGUGCUGGCCGCUACGCCGCCGCGGCUCACCUGAGGCCUCCAACAUUUAAUGUUGGGAGCGUUGCCCGGGUCAGUAGUUGGAGCCCACCCCAGCUCGGUUCGCGUUCGACAGACAGUGCGGACGGUCAGGUCAAUGUGCCCUACUACUUGGGGGUUUACGCACUCCUUGGUUUUCUCUACAUCGCGAUCUCACUGUCCCGAGAAGCCGUGCUUUUCUGGGGCUCGCUUCACGCAUCGUGGAAAAUCCAUGAUCGCCUUCUCAAGGCUGUCAUGCAUGCCAAGUUCCGAUUCUUCGACUCGACGCCUCUGGGCCAACUCAUGAACCGAUUCUCCAAGGACGUCGAAUCCGUUGACCAAGAAGUGGCGCCUGUGGCGAUCGGCAUGCUUCACAGUCUGGCCUCGGUAAUUAUGAUUGUCAUUCUGAUUUCCGUCAUUACUCCGGGCUUCUUGAUUGCGGGAGUGUUCAUCACUUUGGUGUACACUGCCCUCGGUGCAAUUUACUUGAAUUCUUCUCGAGACCUCAAGCGACUGGAGUCUGUGCAGCGAAGCCCGCUGUAUCAGCAGUUUGGCGAGACGUUGAAUGGCAUUGUCACCAUCCGUGCGUAUGGCGACGGACCGCGAUUCAUCGUGGACAACCACCGUCGCAUAAACGCCUACAACCGGCCUCAUAUCUACCUCUGGGCCAGUAACCGUUGGCUCGCGCUUCGCGUGGACUGGACAGGUGCUUUGGUCUCCUUCUUCUCUGCCACUUUCGUGUUGAUCAACGUCGGAAAAAUUGAUGCGGGUGCCGCCGGGUUGUCGCUGACCUACGCGGUCACGUUCACAGAAAAUGUUUUGUGGCUUGUCCGGCUCUACUCCGAGGUUCAGCAGAAUAUGAACUCAGUCGAGCGAGUGAGGGAGUACCUGGAAGUGGAUCAGGAGGCGGCGCCCAUCAUCCCUGAAUCCCGACCGGCGGCGGAUUGGCCUAGCCAAGGCGCGGUCGAGUUUAAUGGCUACACCACGCGCUAUCGACCUGAUCUGGAUGCGGUCCUCAAGGAAGUGUCUUUCGCUGUACAGCCGGGUGAGAAGGUCGGUAUUGUGGGUCGCACGGGUGCAGGCAAGAGUUCUCUGGCACUGGCCCUCUUCCGUGGAUUGGAAGCCGAGAAGGGACAAAUUCGGAUCGACGGCAUCGACAUUGGAUCUAUCGGCCUGCGGGAUCUGCGUGAGGCAAUCACCAUCGUGCCCCAGGACCCGACACUAUUCACCGGAACCAUUCGCAGUAACCUUGAUCCGUUUGGGCUGUUCAGCGAUGAGGAGAUCUUCACGGCCCUGCGCCGUGUGCACUUGAUUGGCUCCGAUACCUCUGGCACAGCGACUCCCAUGACGUCGAGCACCUUUACUGCCACCGACAACAACGCCCUCAACGGCAGCACGGUGACCAUCGCCGAGAACAAAAACAUCUUCCACAACCUCGACAGUCUAGUCUCGGAGUCUGGCUCGAAUCUUUCCCAGGGCCAACGCCAGCUCCUCUGCCUUGCGCGUGCGCUGCUUAAGAACCCGCGCGUUCUCAUGAUGGACGAGGCCACCGCUUCCAUUGAUUAUGCCACCGACGCCAAGAUCCAGGAGACGUUGCGCGAGCUGCGCAACAGCACCAUCAUCACCAUCGCCCACCGUCUGCAGACCAUCAUCGAUUAUGACAAGGUCCUGGUCCUUGACCAUGGCCGCGUCGUCGAAUUCGACCACCCCUGGACUCUCAUCAACCGCGAGGACGGUCUGUUCCGCAGCAUGUGCGACAACAGCGGGAAUAUGGAUGUUCUUCUGGAUGGUGCCAAGCGGGCCUGGAGACAAAAUCGUCUGGUCGAUGACUCUUAA